AUGUCGUCGCCAUUUCCACAUGAUGAAGAGACGAGGGGUGGUCCAUCUUCCCAGCCUGCUUCGUCUUUAGGAGGCUUUGGUAGUAGUAGUGGCUUUGAUGAGUCUCAGGUUGGUUCGCGCUUACAGUUCCCUAGUUCAUCACAACCACAUGUUCCUGAUUCUGUGGGCAGUAAUAUACCCGGUAUAAGAGAUAGUUCAGCGAGAGAUUCCUCACAAUUCAGUUCACAGAGACCAUAUGAAAAUGAGCCGGAACAUGAGGAAAAUGAAGACAUGCCAAUGCAAGGUUGGAGGAAGAGGACAUUCAACCAUAUUAAGAAAGUUGAGGAUGUCACAGGUGAAAAGGUAAGGGAGGCUUUUGAACAAUUUUUGGAUGAAUUUACUAUUCAAUCGUCUGAUACAGGUGAAUUACAAAAGGUCUAUAGAGCACAAAUUGAGUUUAUGAAGCUAUAUGAUUUAAGCACUUUAUAUAUUGACUACCAGCAUUUGUCCAUGAGAGAAAACGGUGCUUUAGCUAUGGCUAUCUCGGAACAAUAUUACCGUUUUUCUCCAUUUUUGAUCAAGGGUCUAAAGAGGGUUGUGCGUAAAUAUGCACCAGAAUUACUCCUGACAUCAGAUUCGGUCAAGAUGCAGAAUGAGGAUGAUGAUUUGUCUACUAUAGAUCCCUCAAGCAUGCCAAGAGAUUCUGAAAACUCUCAGCAGGCGACUAAAUCGACCACAACUAAUAGUCCUGAACAAACUGAAAGACUUUUCCAAAUAAGUUUCUUCAAUUUACCUACUGUACAUAGAAUUAGAGAGAUCAGAUCAGACAAAAUAGGCUCGCUAAUGUGUAUCUCUGGUACUGUAACAAGGACAUCUGAAGUAAGGCCUGAACUCUAUAAAGCAAGUUUCACUUGUGAUAUGUGCCGUGCUAUGGUUGAUAACGUUGAACAAUCUUUCAAAUAUACUGAACCGACAUUUUGUCCAAACCCUGCAUGUGAAAAUAGAGCGUUUUGGACAUUGAACGUAUCUAGAUCAAAAUUCUUGGACUGGCAAAAGGUAAGAAUACAAGAAAAUACAAAUGAGAUUCCAAAUGGUUCUAUGCCGCGUACAUUAGAUGUUAUUUUGAGAGGUGAUGCUGUAGAUAGAGCAAAACCUGGUGAUAAAUGCCAAUUUACUGGUGUUGAAAUUGUGGUACCAGAUGUCUCACAAUUAAUGUUACCUGGUGUUAAACCCAGUUCAUCGUUGGACACCAGAGGUAUUGCUAGAAGUUCAGAAGGGCUCAACUCAGGUGUUACUGGUCUAAAAUCUCUUGGUGUGCGCGAUCUUACUUAUAAGAUCACAUUCUUAGGUUCCCAUGUUGUUAGUGUAGGUUCUAAUAUGAAUCCAAACGAAAAUAGUUCUGCAGAGACUAAUCUGCAGUUUAUUUCAAAGCUACAAAAUAAUGAUAUCUACAGCGAUCGUGAGAAAGAUCAAGAGAUAUUUUUAAGUAGUUUAAGCCCUGAUGAGAUUAAUGAACUGCAAGAUAUGGUUAAGGAUGAUCAUGUUUAUGAUAAGUUAGUGAGAUCAAUUGCACCAUCUGUGUUCGGUCAUGAAGCUAUAAAAAAAGGUAUAUUACUGCAAAUGCUAGGUGGUGUUCACAAAACCACUGUUGAAGGUAUCAAACUAAGAGGUGACAUUAAUAUUUGUAUUGUUGGUGACCCAUCUACAUCUAAGUCUCAGUUUUUGAAAUAUGUUUGCCGAUUUGCUCCUAGAUCAGUGUACACCUCUGGUAAGGCCUCCUCAGCUGCUGGUUUGACUGCAGCUGUGGUUAGAGAUGAAGAAGGUGGAGACUACACUAUCGAAGCAGGUGCCCUUAUGUUGGCUGAUAAUGGUAUUUGUUGUAUUGAUGAAUUUGAUAAGAUGGAUAUAUCAGAUCAAGUUGCUAUCCAUGAAGCUAUGGAACAGCAAACGAUUUCUAUCGCAAAGGCUGGUAUCCAUGCCACUUUAAAUGCAAGAACUUCUAUUUUAGCUGCAGCUAAUCCAAUCGGUGGUAGAUAUAAUAGGAAAACAUCCCUUAGGGCCAACUUGAAUAUGACGGCACCUAUCAUGUCAAGAUUUGACUUAUUUUUCGUUGUAUUAGAUGAUUGUAAUGAGAAGAUUGAUACAGAGCUAGCCUCUCAUAUUAUUGAUCUUCACAUGAAACAAGAUGAAGCAAUUACUUCUCCAUAUUCUGCGGAACAGUUGCAACGUUACAUCAAGUAUGCAAAGACCUUCAAGCCGGUUAUCAACAAAGAAGCUAGAAAAUUUCUAGUUGAGAAGUAUAAAGCGCUGAGAAAGGAUGAUGCACAAGGUUACAGUAGAUCUAGUUACAGAAUUACCGUGAGGCAACUGGAGAGUAUGGUCAGAUUAUCGGAAGCUAUUGCUAGAGCUAACUGUUCUGACGAGAUCACUCCUGAAUUUGUAGCAGAAGCAUAUGAUCUAUUGAAGCAGAGUAUUAUUAGAGUCGAUGUCGAUGACAUUGAGAUAGACGAAGACCCUGAAGAGCCUGAAGAGAUUGCCACGGAUGUUCAAGCUGCAAUUGUUCAAGAAAACACUGACCAACAAAAAUCAGACAAACAAAAAGUUGUUGUUACAUAUGAAAAAUAUGUUACUAUGAUGAAUAUGAUCGUCAGGAAGAUAUCGGAAGUAGAAAAGAAUGAAGGGGCGGAAAUGACAGCGACGGAUAUCAUUGAUUGGUACUGUGUACAGAGGGAGAACGAUAUUUCUUCAGAGGAAGAGUACUACGCUGAAAGAAAGCUUGCAUACAAAGUCCUGAAAAGACUCGUGAAAGAUAGGAUAUUAAUGGAGAUUCAUGGUACGAAGGAUAAUCUCGAUGAUGACGAAGACCAUGAUGGCAAUGGCAAAAUUGUCUAUGUCAUUCAUCCAAACUGUGAAAUGUUUGAUACAGCACAGGACGCUUGA